AUGGAAGCUCAUUCGCCAUUGGUGUAUCGCCGCAAGUUAUUUAAGUUUGAGGAUUUUGAAAAAUUCAAAAUUUCUCUAAAACAUUUUGAGCAGCAGUACUCUGAUAUAUACAUUUCAAGGUUAAGAGCAUUGAAGGAUCAUGUCUUGCAAAAAGCAAAACUUAAAUGGACAUCCAAUGAAAUAGUUACAAUAUCAGAACUUGCUGAAAGGAAUGAAAGUAAUACUUGUAUUAUAGUAGGAACAUUAUAUAAACAUCAAGAAUUAAAACCAUCAGUUUUACGUGAAAUUAGCGAAGAACUUCAAUUAGUAACCCAACCAUCUAAAGUCAAUUAUGCAUCGUUUAAAGAUGUAUUAUAUUUGGAAGAUGAAACGUUACGUAUUAAAUUAGUUGGCAAUCACGUGAAUAUUCAAGAUGUAGUCACUGGGCUUGUUUGUGCUGUGCUUGGACAUGUUCUGGAGAAUGGUGCAUUUUCAGUAAUAGAUUGGUGCUUCGCAGGAUAUUGUCCAAAAUUAUCAAUACUUGAUCAUCUACUAGAAGAAAAGGGAAAAAUUUUAAUAAUUUCUGGUUUAGAUUUGGCAAAUAAUUCACAAUCAUUAAGUUUAAAUCUAUUAUCUGAAUGGAUAACUGGAAUGAUUGGUUGUAAGAAGAUUCAAAAUGAAGUGGCUUCUAUUGUGUGUAUAAUUAUAGCAGGAAAUAGCAUAAGAGGAUCCAUAGAGACACACAAUCAUAAAAAGUACUUUCAAACUAAGGCACAUAAUGAAGUUAUAUUUAAAGAGGCUGCAAUGUUAACACAUAAAUUAGAUGAUUUUCUCCAUCCUAUAGUGCAAUGUUGUCCUAUAAUAUUAAUGCCUGGAGAAUUUGACCCAACUUGUCAUACAUUACCUCAACAAUCACUUCAUCCUUGCAUUUUGCCUCAAUGUUGCAGGUUUAAGAAUUUUUAUGGAGUCACUAAUCCAUGGAUUGGUAGUAUCAACACUCGUAUUGUAGCUGGAUCUAGUGGUCAACCUAUUAUGGAUAUUAUGAAAGUUGCUAGUCUUGUUAAUAUUUCACCUUUAACGUGGUUGGAGCGUACAUUACUUUGGCGACAUUAUGCACCAACUGCACCAGAUACUGUGCCAGCUUACCCAUCUUCCAAAAUUGAUCCAUUUGUUAUAACAGAAUGUCCUGAUAUAUAUUUUGCUGGUAAUAUGGACAAGUAUGACACCAAAUUACUCACAGCAGAUGAAGGACAAGUAGUAAGAUUGAUUUGCAUUCCAAAAUUUUCUGAGACACAGAUAGGUGUGUUGGUUGAUUUGCAGGAUUUAAAAACCUGGCCUAUUUCAUUUAGUAUUGAUUAA